CAAGAGAUUGGUGUGCAUUGUAAGAGAAUUGCAGUGCAUUGGACUGUACAGAAUUGGGUAGCAUCCACACUGUCUAUGAGGGUGCGGUCCGGCUGCACUGAAAGCAACAACACGGAUUGAGAGAGAAGGAAUAAGGAAAGAAGAAGAGAAGGGGGAGAGAUAUCACCACAAGAGGAAUACAACAAGGGAUGAAAGGAGACACCCCUGUGAACAGCACCAUGAGUGUCGGGCAGGCUAGGAAGCUGGUUGAACAGCUGAAGAUUGAAGCAAGUUUUUGCCGAAUCAAGGUUUCUAAGGCAGCAGCAGACUUGAUGGCCUACUGUGAUGCCCAUGCAUGUGAAGACCCUCUCAUCACCCCUGUGCCCACCUCAGAAAACCCCUUCAGGGAGAAAAAGCUAUUUUGUGCUCUUCUCUGAGCUGGAAAGAGGAAGAGCAGGAUUAGCCUAAUUUAGAUGACAAUGAUUUAUGUAUGCACAUCAAAACAACACAACACACCCAAAAGUUAAGAUUACAUAAAGAGUUAAAUUUCAUUUAUUAAGAGUGCUAAGGACAAACAUUUAUAAAAUCAUGUUUGAGUGGAUAUUCUCCUGUUCCUUUUUAAGACAUGGGUGUCUAAUCCUGCUCCAGGAGAGCCAUCAUCCUACAGUAUUUACUUCCAAAGCACAUGAACCUGCUAGAAAAUUACUGGCAAGUGUGUUUGGUAAGAGUUGGAGCUAAACACUGUAGGACAAUGCCAUUCAGUAAAAGGGUUGAACACCCCUGCAUUAUGGGGAUGUGGAUGAAAAUAUUUAGUAAAAAAAUAAGAUUGAUGUAAACUGAUCAGACACAACCAUAUGCAAGCACAUUGUUUUAUAAUUAAUCAAAAGGAAAUAGGUGUGGGUCUGGAUAUUUCAAAUAAAAAAAAAAAACAUUUAGUUAUGUUAUGGAGUUCUUCCCAUACUUUGGAGAUUUACAAACUCUGUAUGUAUAUUUUGAUUUUUUUUAUGUCUUGUUUGAGAUGUCUGGUAUGCUGGUAGAUAUUUCUGGAUAACUGGUAAAGCUUUUAAAGAUUAGAUCAUUGUGAGCGAGUUAGAAUACUAAUGCCUAUACACAAAUACCAUAACUACCCUUAAGGGGUCUAUUAAAUUAAACAUAUGUCAUUUAAAACCAAUUUCAUUUUAAUAACUUCAAUAGUCUCUAUGAGUUGGGUUUGUUAGUAUCAAUGAAAAACUGGAGGAAAAACAAAAAAUCUGUCAAAAUGCAUUUUUGGUCCUAAGCGAUGGAUUGAAUACUACAGACCGCAUUUAAUGAUGGAAUUAAUAAAAAAUGUAAACACCA